CAUUGCUGGUGAACUACACUAUUUCACACUCUGUAUUUUCAGAAGAUGGCUUCUGGUGUAGACAACUCAUUAUUUAUUUGGAGCCCAAAGCAUUGCUGUGAGGAUGGCCCCUGCAAUGCAUGUCUUAUCAAGAUAAUUGAUGAUGAUGAUGGAUAUAAUCUGCGAUCGCAAUCCACAACUGCAUUGAAUCAUGUAAAAGCAAUGUAUGGUUGGGUGAAAAAGAAUUGUGACGUUGACACGCAAUCAAUAUGUUUGGAAAGAAUUCUGAUGACAGCUUCUUACAAACAUAAACCUGAUAUAGUAAAGUAUAUCAUUCGAGAGGAGGGGGCACCAGUCGAUUUCAUCCCUGAGAAGCGAUACUUUUACAGAAUUGAUGAGGGUUGGAAAGAACAUGAAGCGUUCCUUGAUGAACUAGAAAAAGUACAAUAUUCACCUCAAGGAAUAAUGACACCAGCUAUGCAUGCCAUCUAUCAUGAUGACAUUGAACUCCUUACAUGGCUAAUUGAGCAAGCAGGGGCAGAUAUAGAUUUCAGAAUGGAUACCAAUGGUACUGCUAUGUCAGUCGCAAUUGAAAACAACAAGCCAACCAUUCUGAAGUUCUUGUUAGACAAAGGUGCAGAUCCAAAUAAAAGGAUGUUUUGUCAAGGAGCGGCACUUCACAUAGCAAUUGAGGAAGAGAGUAUAGAGAUGGUCCAAAUACUCUUGGAUUGUAAAAGAACAGAUGUGAAUAUUAUGAAUGACCCCAAGAGUGAGAAAGAGAUUGAUAACCAGGAUGAUAUCCCAUUCUCGCCCCUUAUGGAUGCCUGUAGUCCAAACAGAAGUGGAGUUAAAGUGAAACCUGAAAUAGUAGAGCUCUUAUUAAACCACGGAGCUGAUGUUAAUGCAGUAAGUGGGUACUCAAUCGAUGAUGGACCUCAAAAUGCACUAUCAAAUGCUUUGUAUCAAACAAAUUUCCCUUGUGUUGAACUGUUGUUGAAACAUGGUGCCGACCCUGCCAUACUUGGUACUGAAUACUGCAGUGGAGAAAGAAGUACAUUCUUAGAAAGAGCCGCAUCAACUCAUAACAUUGACAUUUUCAAGCUCGCUUUGACUUACCCCGAAGAUAUCACUGCUGAACAGAGAGGCCAGGUAUUAGUUAAUGCUGCAGGCACAGGAAACCUGGAUAUUUUUAAACUUGCUAUGAAUCUACAAGAUAAAAAUGGUCUCAAUACUGAGCAUGCAUCAAAUGCAUUAUUCAAUACUUCAUCAUUUGAAAUCAUGAGUGAACUAUUAGAACUAGGUGCUGAUCCUAAUAAACUCGCUAAUAAAUAUAGACUUGAUGAAACACAUGACACUGGUAAUCUCAUUCGUGUAUUCGAAAUGUACCAACCACUUGAGGAUGAGGACUCCAAAGUUAAAAAAGUUAAAAAACUUGAACUGCUUAUUCAAAAUGGAGCAAUACCAGGUCUGUUUCUAGAUUGUUUGAAUAAAAGAAUUGAAGAAGAUAUUGAGGAUUAUGACAAUAACUCAAAUUAUAGUAAUUUGUCAGAUGAUAUGUACCACGUUUUAAAAAUGACAAUAAAGGACCCUGCUCCUUAUGAAUACCUAGCCAAAUGUAUGUCACAGGCAGAUAUUCCUAGGUUCAAAGAGCUGGUGGAAGAAUAUGUGAAAGGACUAAGCAAUGAGGAUAAGAUAUUAACUAUAUGUGACAAUAUGGCAGAUGUUUGUAGCCUGCAACAUCAGUGCAGGAGCACUAUCAGGGAACAAAUAAUGCAAGUCCCACAGAAUUUCAAACAAUGUUUGGGUGAACUAGGACUUCCAACACCUCUCCAGGACUACCUGAUGUUCAAAGAGUGACAUUGAUCAUUAGCAACAAUGAAAAUACUUAUGAUUGGUGAUAUGUUGCAGUUGAAAUUCAUUGUUAUCUCACUGUGUUAUCACACUUACUAGGAGGCCCCCUUGAUUUUGUUGACCUUCAAUCCGUCAAAAAUGCCUAUGGGGCCUCCGUAAGAUUGCUUGCAAUCUUAAACCUCUAGUUACUAUGCAUAUCAUAUUUUUGAAGCAGGGAAACAGCAUGCACAUUUUCUAUAAAUACCGUGUUCAUGUAAAUGAGAGUAAAGGCGCUUAUAUCCAAUAUGUGUUCCCAAGUAAUAAUGCCCAUGGGG